AGCUGCCCGACCUUCGCAGCAGCAGCCGCCGUCUCCCUCCUCUUCCUCGCCCCUCACCCGGUUCCGCCAUGAGUACUGCUCCGGCCGGCCCCGAGUACUCCUCCUUCUUCGCCGUCAUGGGCGCCUCGGCCGCCAUGAUCUUCAGCGCCUUGGGCGCCGCUUACGGCACAGCGAAGAGCGGCACAGGUAUUGCUGCCAUGUCGGUCAUGAGGCCAGAACUGAUCAUGAAGUCCAUCAUCCCAGUGGUCAUGGCGGGGAUCAUAGCAAUCUAUGGCUUGGUCGUGGCGGUCCUGAUUGCCAGCUCUCUCGUGCACGACAUCUCGCUAUUCAAGAGCUUCCUUCAGCUGGGCGCUGGACUGAGCGUAGGCCUCAGCGGUUUGGCCGCCGGCUUCGCCAUUGGCAUUGUGGGUGACGCAGGUGUCCGGGGGACGGCACAGCAGCCGAGGUUAUUUGUGGGCAUGAUCCUGAUCUUGAUCUUCGCCGAAGUCUUGGGGCUGUACGGCCUCAUCGUUGGCCUUAUCCUUUCCACAAAAGGGUAAUCGCCGCAGAGUGUUGGUGGAAAACAAAAACAAACUUAAGUUCCAGAAUUUGGAGGGAGAGGGGGAAGAGAAAAAAAAAAAAAAAGGUCUCUCCAGAAAUGUGUACAGUUGUCAUCAGUUUGGUAGUUGAUCUCUUGUAAAUGCGCAAUGUAUGUGACUUGUCUGUCCUCUGUGUACUUCAAACAUGAAAAGCAGGAGGGCCUGCCACAAGCCUUUUCCGCAAGGCCUGGGGGAAGCACCUUUGCCCUUUUCCAUCCAUCUUUGCCAUUAGAGCCCUUUGUGUAUAAAUAUAAACUAGAAAAA